AUGGAGCAAGAAAACAAGACCCUUCAGUGGCCCAAGUACCAGGCCAGUAUCUUCAUCAGCCCCUGCCGACAUUGGAUCCCAGACCCUCACCACUGUCGCAAGCAACACUUCUGGGUUACGGUGACUAUGCCGGACCCAAUGUCCCGAGAUUCUCACACAGACGAACAAAUCAUGUCCUAUGUGUACCGACGGAUCGGCACCGGUCGCGUAAAUAUAGACAGCGAGCCACAGCAUGGCCGGGGUCUUCGAAGUAUCUCCUUGCCCAUCAGGUGGGAUAAACCAUACCGACAAAGUGACAGUGUCGUUUUGGAACAAGCCCUCAUUCUUGCUGAGUGGUGGCUUGCUCAAAUUAAGGCGAAGAGGGUGACCAUCGACCAGCAUAUUGUUUUUAAUGCCCUUUGGCCUUGUAGAGCUAGCGAGGGUAGUCUAUUGGAGGUGCCCCAGCACUGGAACAAGCCCUCCUUCACUGGGUGGUUUUGA